AGAGACACAUUUGCUUCCUGUAUGUGUUUAUUUUUUUAUUUAUUUUCUGUUAUGUUUUCCCGCAUCUCCUCCUGUCAGAAGGCUCUCUCAUGAGCAGAAGUAGGAGGGAGCGCAGAGAGGGACGCGAGACGAACGCCUGUGCCUCUCUCUACUGCAUGCACGCGUGCAAUGCGUGCUGCAGACUAAAUAAGACACCUCCAGUUUUGGAUUAUCUGUCUGGCGGUGCGCUGACUGCCUCCAGACCUGGAGGCCGCCCUCCUCCUCCUCCUUCUCCUCCCUUUCACACUGAAGGAAGAGUAGAGUAGAGACGGUCUACUGUUUGCCUCCUGCAGACUCCGGCCACUCCUGACUUCUGGUCCAGCGACAUGAAUAAGAUGAAGAACUUCAAGAGGCGUUUCUCACUUUCUGUGCCACGAACAGAGACGAUAGAGGAGAACGAGUUCACUGAACAGAUAAACCAGCUCAACAUCCGCUGCAAUGACGGUGUGGUGCCCAAUAGUCUGGGUUUACACAGCCUGCAGCCCAGUCCAGUGGCUCCAGACAGCCAGGCUCAAUCUCCCACCCAACUGCAGUACCGCAACAAAGUCCAGCACCGCCGUUUCUCCAUGGAGGAUGUAACUAAGAGGAUGUCUCUGCCCAUGGAUAUUCGUCUGCCGCCAGAGUUUCUGAAGAAGCUGCAGAUGGAAAGCCCUCCGCCGUGCAAACCUCUCAGCCGCAUGUCCAGAAGAGCCUCGCUGUCGGACAUCGGCUUCGGGAAACUGGAGACCUACGUGAAGUUGGGCAAACUAGGAGAGGGCACAUACGCAACGGUGUUCAAAGGCCGCAGCAAACUCACAGAAAACCUGGUGGCCCUGAAAGAGAUUCGUCUGGAGCACGAAGAGGGCGCCCCGUGCACGGCCAUACGGGAAGUGUCGCUCCUGAAGAACCUGAAGCACGCCAACAUCGUAACGCUGCAUGACAUCAUCCACACGGACCGAUGUCUCACCCUCGUCUUCGAGUAUCUGGACAGUGACUUGAAGCAGUACCUCGACAACUGUGGAAACCUAAUGAGCAUGCACAAUGUGAAGAUAUUUAUGUUCCAGCUUCUUCGUGGUUUAUCAUAUUGUCAUAAGAGGAAGAUUCUCCACCGGGACCUGAAGCCUCAGAAUCUGCUCAUUAAUGACAAAGGAGAACUCAAACUGGCAGACUUUGGUUUGGCCAGAGCGAAAUCAGUCCCAACAAAAACCUAUUCGAAUGAGGUUGUGACCUUGUGGUAUCGACCUCCUGAUGUCCUGCUGGGUUCUACGGAGUACUCCACACCGAUAGACAUGUGGGGCGUGGGCUGUAUCCUGUACGAAAUGGCGACGGGUCGCCCCAUGUUUCCCGGAUCCACUGUCAAAGAGGAACUACACCUGAUAUUUCGCCUCAUGGGCACCCCAACUGAGGAGACCUGGCCCGGAAUCACAGCUAAUGAGGAAUUCAAAUCCUACCUGUUUCCUCAGUACAGAGCACAAGCGCUCAUUAAUCAUGUGCCCAGGCUUGACACAGAGGGAAUAGAUCUUCUUACUGCUCUAUUGCUGUACGACACCAAGCUCAGGAUUUCAGCCGAAUCGUCUCUGAAACACUCUUACUUCCUGACUCUGGGCGAGAACAUCCACUCCAUACCUGACACCUCAUCAGUGUUUUCACUGAGGGAGAUCCAGCUACAGAAGGAUCCGGGACACAAGAGCUCAGUAUUUCAGCCACCGGGUCGAGGCAAGAACCGCAGACAAAGCAUCUUCUGAGGACGAGAAUCGGAGCGGUGUGCGUGAAGAGACGGCCAGAACAAACCCGUUACAAAGCGAACAGCUUCGUUUCUCCAUCCAAAACACGCAUGCAUCCAUUCACUCACAUACACAAGAUUUAUUAGAAAGCGGACCGUAUAGAAGUCAAUCACCCUCAGUCGUAACACGAGCUGGUUUACAAGUUCUCUCCUAAAAAAAACCCACACUGAUCCUAAAGAAAUUUAGACUCGAGUUCGGCCUCUUCUAGUAGUAGUAGUAUUUUCAAACGUUCAUGGUAUUUUUUAAUUGUGCGUGUAUGUGCAAGAAACACGGUAGCUUCACGUCCUAAUUUUCCCGCCGAGCGCCAUUUCCUUCAUUUCCGUUUGAGGUUUACUCGUUUUGCCACGUGCGCUCCACGAGUCAUUGCAAAAGCUGAUAUCGCAGUUUAUUUCACAAGCACGCUAUAAACGUUAAAAAUGCAAACGGUCACGUAAACACUCGAGCCGUUGAAUAGAGAACUACUUGAACUCGUCGCGAUACCAUUCAAGUGUAUCCGUCUCGAGAAAACAGCAUCUAUAACCAGUCGCUAAUUUACGAAAUCUUCGAAAAGGUGCCUUUUGCAGACCGUCGCGAGAGAUGAGGGCGGACCGAUUUUACGCCUUGCGAAAAAAACCAAAAAAACCAUCUACUUCGAUCUCCUCGGGGACCUCGGUCCUUUCAAGUAAUUGCACAUGCAGAUAUUUCGUUUCGCCAUUUGAGCUAUUUGCUAUUUCGUAUUUGCACACGGCAUGCGAGUGACUUGGACCUGAAACCUAACGUCGUUCCCUUUCUCCUACUGUAUCUCGUAGUUGGAAAAUUAAAGCACUAUGACUCUUUAUCGCAAAUAUGGCACCGAGCUAGUUUUACAGCGGACGGAAACGAAAAGCUUACUCGUUUAAAGGCCGCGGAAAUAUCGAGGAUGAGCGGCAAAGAGAAAAUUCUAGAAAACAUAACGAGUCAAAAGGAUUUAGUUUAACGUUACUGCAGCAGCAGCACUAAUUUAUGUGUUUUGUGGUAAAUGAGAAUAUUUUAAAUACUCUAUUGAAAAGAAUUAAUAUAUAAAUAUAUGUAUUUUGACAAGUGUUUUCUUUAUUCUCGGUGAACUUUUGGCAGACAAAAAAUAAAUAAAUAAACUAUGGUAUUAAAUGAACUUAGAUGAUGUCUAAAUGUUUUAUAAAAGAUUUAGAUUUUUGUAUGAAAUGUGAUAUUAAAUAUUUUGUGUGAUUUGUCUAUUCUAUUAUGAUAUUCUGAAGCUGAAUGUAUUGUGACUGCGAAAAUGCCAAAAAUAAUUAAAUAAUAAACUAAAUAAACGAUGACGUUGUUGAACCAUGGGAA